AUGGAUGCAAUUCCAAGUGUAGACCAAAUUUCACUAGGAACUGCGGUUGCAAUAGUUGGUAUUAUUGGGCUGUUCAUCAAUGGAUAUCUCAAGAAAAGCUGGAAAUUGAAGACAUCUUCAGGCCUCAAUCCUCCACCUGAAAUACCGGGCUUACCGGUGAUUGGGAAUUUACUGCAACUGAGAGACAAGAAACCUUACAAGACUUUUAUCAGGUGGGCCGAGAAAUAUGGCCCGGUUUACGCUAUUCGAACUGGCUCCAAGACAGUUGUUGUCCUCAACUCUAUUGAUGUUGCCAAGGAGGCUAUGGUGACUAGAUUCACAUCAAUCUCGAAGAGAAAGCUUUCAAACGCAAUGAACAUUAUUUCUUGUGAUAAAAACAUGAUUUCAGCCUGUGAUUAUGGUGAAUUCCACAAGACAUUCAAGAGGCAUAUUCUUAAUAGUAUGUUGGGACCUAAUGCUCAGAAACGACAUCAAAUUCACAGGGAUACCAUGACAGAAAACAUGUUGAAGCAAUUGCAAGCUUGUCUGAAAGAGAAUCCUCUGGCAGCUGUGAAUUUUAGAAAAAUAUUUCAGUCUGAACUUUUUGGACUGACAUUGAAACAAGUUUUUGGACAUGAUGUGGAAUCUUUAUAUGUCGAGGAACUUCGAACAACAUUGUCUAAGCAAAAUAUCUUCGAAAUUUUAGUAGUCGACCCUAUGAAAGGCCUCAUUGAGGUCGACUGGAGAGAUUUCUUCCCAUAUCUAAAAUGGAUACCAAACAAGUCUUUCGAGAAUAAUGUCCUGCGAAUUUAUUCUCGUAGGCAAGCCGUGAUGACCGUGCUCAUCAACGAACAGAAAAAACGGAUUUCCCGUGGGGAGGAAGUGAACUGUUACCUCGACUUUUUGUUAUCUGAAGAAAAAACAUUAUCUGAACAACAAAGGCUCAUGCUAUUAUGGGAGGCCAUAUUAGAAUCAUCUGAUACUGUUUUGGUUACAACUGAGUGGGCCAUGUUUGAACUUGCUAAAGAUCUAAAACGACAGGAUCGUCUGUAUCGAGAAAUUCAAAUUUUUCAUGAGACAUUGAGAAAGUAUAGCCCAGCUCCUUUAUUUGCUUUGAGAUACGUUCACGAAGAUACUCAAAUAGGAGGAUAUCAUAUUCGAGCAGGAACUGAGAUUGCUGUAAAUAUCUAUGGAUGUAACAUGGACAAGAAUGUAUGGGAAAAUCCUGAAUGCUGGAACCCCGAGAGAUUUCUUGAUGAAAAAUACGAAAUGAUGGAUUUACACAAAACGAUGGCUUUUGGAGCUGGGAAAAUGAUGUGCCCUGGUGCCUUGAUGGCAAUGUUGGUGUCUUGCUUGACAAUAGGUCGAUUGAUUCAGGGCUUUGAAUGGAGGCUUAAGGAUGGAGAAGAAGAAAAUGUUGAUAUGAUUGGGUUGAUGACUCGGAAGCUUCAUCCAUUGCAGGUUGUUUUAAAGCCAAGAAAUUGA